AUGAAUGCGAGGGCUCACGGGAGGCGUGAAGGUGGCCACGCUCGGAUUGAAAUUGAGGGCCGCGGGAGUGAGGUUUGGGGUGUUGUCAGAGUGAAGGCUCAAGGAGGCGCGGUGAGAGGGAGGAGAGGCGGCUUGCAGAGGUGGGCGAUGCCAAGGUUAGAUGGCGAGGAGGGGUGGAAGAUAAGAAUGGAGGAUCGGGUAUUGGCAGAGAUGGGUCAUGGUGAAAAUGAUGGAAGAGUCAGUGGCCGGUGA